CAGGCUUUCUCUCCCUUCAGGUACUAUGAGCGGUGGUGUCUACGGCGGUGCCGGCACUCUCGAUUCUUUCGUCAGACGAGGUUGGUGCUAUCAUCUUUGACGUCGGACAUCAGAGCCUUCGCGUGGGAUAUGGCGGCGAGGACACGCCGAAGGCCGAAAUCCCGACGGUCCUCGGGGUGUGGGAGUACCCGGUCGAGCCCGGCGUCGACGCCAGGAAGAACUACAACAUGGACGUCACGGCUAUCCAAGUGCGAAAGAAAGAUAUGGAGAUAGUGAGCCUAAUGAAAGACGGUAUGAUCGAGGACUGGGACAUGUUCGAGCGGUUGACUGAGUACACUUACCAACAACGGUUGCACGCACUAGCCGAACACCAUCCGAUCCUGAUGACCGAGUGUCCUUGGAACACCAGACUGAAGCGGGAGAAAUUGCUGGAGCUGAUGUUCGAGAAGUUCAACGUGCCGGCCAUGUAUAUCUGCAAGAACGCCGUGUUGGCUGCUUACGCUAACGGCAGGUCCACGGCGAUGGUCGUGGACAGCGGUGCCACGCAUACCAGCGCGGUGCCGGUUCACGACGGUUACGUCAUCACUCAGGGAAUCGUCAAAAGUCCCUUGGGGGGCGACUUCGUCACCAUGCAAUGUAGACAGUUCUUCGAAGAGAAGGAUAUCGAAUUGGUGCCGGCUUGUCUUGUUGCCAGCAAGGAUGUAGUGCGUGAGAGAGAUCCUCCACGUUGGUCAAAGCGACCUGGUUCUCAACCAACGUCUUCCUGGAUGAGUUACAUGGUCAGAGAGGUGCUACAGGAUUUUCAGAUGAAUUGCCUGCAGGUAUCAGAUAGCCCCUACGACGAAGACAUGGCAAACACUUUACCCAUGAAACAUUUUGAGUUUCCGACCGGGUACAACGACGACUUUGGAUCCAUCAGGCUUAUGAUACCUGAAGCUCUUUUCGAUCCCAGCAACGUCAAAGGUGUGGGUGCUAGUAUCUUAGGGGUUGGUCCUCUGGUCACCACGAGUGUUGGAAUGUGCGACAUGGACAUUAGACCAAGUUUGUACGGCAGUGUAGUGGUGACCGGUGGCAAUUCUUGCCUUCAGGGAUUCAGCGAGCGAUUGAAUCGGGACCUGGCCAGCAAAACGCCGCCGAGCAUGAGACUGAAAAUAAUUAGUGCGAACAGCUCGAGUGAGCGUCGUUAUGGUGCCUGGAUCGGCGGCUCGAUUCUCAGCUCUUUGGGCUCGUUCCAGCAAAUGUGGCUGUCACGGCAGGAGUACGAGGAGUCUGGCAAAAUAAUUUUAGAGAGAUGCGCGUAAUUCGGCCAACGUGACGAGAGGUAUGAGUUAAUCGUGGUGCUAGGACCGGGCUAAAGUAUCUUUUCGGUUACUAAUUAUUUAGCUUUUUAAGAUUUUACAAACUAACAGUUCUGGCAGCAAAGCGAGCCAGAGAAGUCUCUAAAAGACGUCUGAAAAAAAAUUUUACGAGAAUCUUUUUAUGUCUCUGCAAUGUCUUGUGAGGAUUUUUAUAUUGCGAAUAAUUUCAUGAUUGCUAUACACUGAUACGCGUAUACACUGAGAAAAAAAUUUACUAAAUUUCAAAAAAUCUUUCUUUGGAUGUCCAAACGUUUAUUUGGACUGUGAAGAUAUUUGUUUAAGUAAUUAUUUUCUAAUAUUAAAUAAUUUUCUAUUAUUAAGUAAUUAUUUUCUAAAAUUAAAGAAACAAAUUUAUAUUUAAAACUUCUU